AUGACCACUCCAGCUGAUAAGAAAGAUUCAGGAGAUCAAGGUGAAUUCCAAGCCAGAUAUGUGGAGGAGCACCAGCUCGGAGAAGGAGGCUGCGGAGCAGUGUUUUCUGGCUACCGGAUAGAAGAUCGUUUUCCAGUUGCCAUCAAACACAUUCCCAAAAUAAAGUCUACUGCAAAGUGGCGAGACCUGUCCCCGCUGUGGACCUGCAAAAUACAAGCAGAAAAUGGAAGAACUUUAACAGAGGACACGGCCAAGGUCAUUCUGAAGCAACUAGUUGAUGCUGUAAAGGAACUUGAGGAGAAACACAUCUUUCAUCGGGACAUCAAGGGACAAAACAUUCUGAUUGAGACCGGCUCAGAUGUGCCUCGAGUUCGCAUCAUUGACUUUGGACUGAGCUGCUUUGUUAAACAGCGAUCUCUGUAUCGCAUCUUCUAUGGCACUCCUCUUCACAUCCCUCCCGAGUGGUACAUUAGGAGCUGCUACAGGUGUGGACCCACCACGGUGUGGCAAAUGGGAGUGGUGUUGUAUGAAGCGCUUCAUGCACGAUACUUUAGUACCGCGAGGUUCCUCACAAAGCAACUGAGCAUCAAAAGCGUCUGUCCACAGCCAUCCCAGGAAGGGGAUCUCUCUUUGAAUGGGCUUCCCGAGGUUUCUUCCAUCGAUCUGGCCCCUGGGGAGUUUUUCCUCGUCUUCAUAGAGAGCUUGGGCUGGGUCAGGAGCUCCAUCAAAACUGUCUUUAUUUGA